AUGGGGGCUGGAAGGAAAACACAGACCUUUACUACACCUCAUACUGAAGACCUGGUACCCUACGGUGCAAACAUGAGAAAUUUGAGGAAGAAUCACCUUGGUGGAGUCAUAUUUGGUUGCAACAAACUCACAAUGGAAGAAUGUCUUUUGAAACAACUCUUUGGUUUACCAGCUGCACACUUUCUCCAUGUAAAGAAUAUUUCUCCUGGCUUGCCCCUUUUUCUCUUUAACUAUAGUGAUAGGAAACUUCAUGGAAUCUAUGAGGCUGCUAGCCACGGCCAAAUGAACAUUAACCCAUAUGGAUGGACUACUGAUGGUUCAGAGAAAACGCAAUUUCCUGCUCAGGUUCAAAUCCGAGUCCGGCUGCAGUGUCAACCCCUGCUUGAAAGUCAGUUUAAACCGAUAAUUGUUGACAACUACUACAAUCAACGUCAUUUCUGGUUUGAGCUUGACCACGCUCAAACAAGUAAGCUGGUAUCACUGUUAGCAUCUGUGGUGGUCACUCCAAGUACUUUGGUACGACAGAAUACAUUGAAGUGGAGAAAAAAUCUUCAAGCUCUUCCCUCAGAUGACAGAAUAGAAGAAUCUGAAGGGCUUGAACCACUGACUUCAGAAUCCAAGCAUGUGAAUCAUUCAAUGGAGCAAGAACUUAUAUACAUGAAACUGAAAGAGUUAGCACUUCAAAGUAAUCUUAAGAAUGAAGGUCAAGACCUGUCUUUAUCAGGAAAUGUUGAAGAUCGCACUGUCUUGAAUGAAUUGACCUUGGAGGACACAGACAAUCCAAGGGAGCAAUUGGGUUUUGAGGAGAAGGGAGAAAGUCCUCCCUCCUUGUCUGAACAGAAGAGCGGAGAGAGUCCUUGCUCGUCUGUGCAGAAGAGUGGAGAAAGUCCUCAAUCCUUUUCUGACAAUCGGGCAAUCAUAGCUAAGUUGGUUCAAGAGGUGGAGGAGCUAAAGGCUUUUAAGGCAGAACAAUCUAUGAAGAUUGGUUAUUUGGAGCAUAAGUUGGAGCAGGCAGCAAUGGAAAUUAAGCACUUAAAAGUUUGUUUAAAGUUGGAAUCUGAGCCUACACCUUCCAUGUUGGAAUCUGACGAGAAGGUUGCUGAAUCAUGUGAUCUGCUGCCUCCUGAUCCUAACGAGUCAAUGUAUCUAGUUGGAGGAUAUGAUGGCGACUCAUGGUUAUUGGCAUUGGAUGCUUAUUAUCCUUAUCAGGAUAUGAUAAAAUCUCUGAGACCAAUGACCUCUGUUCGUUCAUAUGCCUCUGUUGCACAAUUGAAUGGUGAUCUUUACGUAAUUGGUGGUGGCAAUAGUCAUCUGUGGUACGAUACAGUUGAGUCAUACUGCCCUGCUACUGACGAGUGGAAGUUGUGCCCUUCCUUGAGAGAGAAAAAGGGAAGCUUAGCUGCAGCUACUACGCAUAACAAGAUUUUUGUCAUGGGUGGUGGGAAUGGAGUUGAUUGCUUUUCAGAUGUUGAGAUGCUUGAUUUAGAUGUUGGACGAUGGAUUCGUACACAGUCAAUGUUACAAAAGCGGUUUGCUCUUGCUGCAGUGGAACUCAAUGGUGUGCUUUAUGCGACUGGCGGAUAUGAUGGGCAUAGUUAUUUGAAGUCUGUUGAUAGAUUUGACCCCAGAGAACACAGUUGGACAAAAAUUGCAUCUAUGGAUUCGAAUAGGGGUUGCCAUUCACUGGUUGUUUUGAAUGAAAAAAUAUAUGCUCUGGGCGGCUUUGAUGGAAGUGCAAUGGUCCCAAGUGUGGAAAUUUACGAUCCACGGCUUGGGUCAUGGAUGCCAGGGGAACCGAUGAAUCACUGUAGGGGAUAUUCGGCGGCUGCCGUCGUCAAGGACGCCAUAUAUGUAAUUGGAGGGGUGAAAGAUGGUGACAGCAUAGCAGAAACAGUUGAAUGCUACAAGGAGGGACAAGGUUGGCGGGAGAUGACCACGAGGGCUAUUAGCCAAAGGUGCUUCAUGUCUGCCAUUGCUUUUUCGACCUGA